AUGGGUUGUGGUGGAUCAAAGCCGAGGCCACAACCUCCUCAAAUGCCUCCACCACCGCCACCACCAGUUGUUGCACCGCCGCCGCCGCCGCCACCACCACCACCAGAACCCGUCGCGCCGCCAACACCACCACCAAAAUCUCCAACUGUUCAAUCCGAAGAAUCGGUGGUUGAGGAAGUUGAGGAGGUGCCAUUAACUCCAAGAGCCGCACGCCUUCAGAAUGUUAUUGCAGCAAAGCAGUCGACUUUUAUGUACAACAAAUGCACCGUUACCGGUGAGGUGACACCGUUUUUUCCACCGAAAGGUCGAUGUUUCCGCAUCAUUGAUGAGGAGGGUCGCUGGUUCUUCUACAACGACACCAUGAACUAUGAGAUGUGCGUACAGGCCUUUUUUUCACCCGAUUCGGAUGUGAAGCACUGCGGGACAACAACAAUAAAAAGCAUAAGGAAUGGAUUAACUGUUAUAUCUGCCUUUGUAUACCCACUAGAAACGCUGGAGUUCCUUUCUGGUUCAGUGGAGUUGGGAGCCAUGUAUGUGUAUGCGCAACAGCUUUCUAAGCGGUAUUACAGCCAUCUUCGUGUUUUCAGCGUGGAUGGUAAGAAGGAGAUGGAGACAGUUAUGACGCUACCGUGGGAGGAAGUGGACGAUGAAGAACUUCUAAAGCUAUGUUCAGACUCUUUUAUGCGUUACGCUGAUGUGAAAUUCCUUCCAUCAACUGGUAUGUUCUCACGCCUCGAUAUUGAUGGUCGUUUCAUUCAACCAGUGGAGGUGCGUCGUCCAAGCGAGUUUGCUCAAUGUGACGAGGAAAAUAUCGAUGCUGUGCGCGGUGUCGUCCUUUCCUCCUGCGUGGAGGCGGGCACGCUUGGAGAUUCGUGGUUCGUAAGUGCGCUUUCCCUGCUUGCCACCGAUGAGGAACGCGUCAAGGCGAUGUUUGCCUCCACCACACCUGCCGAGAAGCAAAUGGGCGCCUACCGUGUCCUACUAAACAAAGACGGAUGGUGGAAGAACAUUCUGGUAGAUGACUUUCUUCCAACAGUUGGUGGUGUGCCAUGCUACGCACGGUGCAUCGAUGACCCCGGAGAGUUGUGGCCAUCUUUGCUGCAAAAAGCUUACGCGAAAUUGUAUGGCUCUUAUGCAAGCAUCACAGGAGGCGACACACUCCUCGCCCUACAGAACUUUACUGGAGCGCCAGUGUACCGAUUCGAUAAAGCAUGGCGUGACGCGGCGACAGAUGAGGAGAAAAAGAAUGCACUCAUUCAGAAGAUUAUGGGAUACGUUGAAGCUCACAAUCCCGUCAUUUUGAGCGUUCCAACCGGAAAGGAGGCGAAAACCGCUGUUGCGAAUGGUCUUGGAGAGGGUUACUCAUACGCGCUACUGUCUGUCCACAACUUCCCUGAGGAGAACAUUACGCUUCUGAAGAUGUUCAACCCGUGGGAACCUGCGAUGCCGUGGUCCGGUCAGUGGCGAGAAGGUAGCGACAAGUGGACCGAGCACAGCGAGAUACAGUCGAGUUGCGAGCCGUGCUUCGAAGCGCAUGACGGUAUAUUUUUCAUCGAAUGGUCAGAAGCUGUUGAGGUAUUUAAUGGUUGCGGAGUUCUGUACUUGGACGAGAAGCCGGUGUAUGACUACCGUGUUGCUGGUGAAUUUGACAAUGAGCAGCCCAACCUUGCGCUUAUGAUUCGGGCAAAGGAAACCGUUGAAGUUAUGUUGACUCUCUCGCAGAGGGAUAAACGCGGUCUGCCUAUAGAGUCGCCUGAUGCAAAGCUGUCGCCUGUGUUACUGUGUGUUUCCCGCGCCGAGCGAAAAAGGCAAGUUGUGUAUCAAUGCACCAGCUCUGAUCCCGAAACCCCUGCAGAAGGCUUUAACUUUGUUGUGGGGCGAGACCUUGCAAUGAAAUGUACCUUUGAGGCCAGGGAAGCGCCAUACUUUGUUAUUCCUCGCAUCCACCGCCGGGGAACAUGCGAGGGACGCCGCAGGGGUUUCGUAAUUGGCAUUCGGUCCAGUACACCAUUGGAUGAAAAGCUUGAGAUUCACUUCACCACACUUGAGCCUACGUGUCGUGUGUUGCAUAACUGCAUUACAUUUACAGCUAACCGAAUGCCUGGUGCUGUGCGUGAGUGGCAGAUAAAGACGCCUGAUGCAGAACCCGCAACAUACAGGGGUUGGGGUCUCUCUCCAGCGGAGGAAUUCCAUGAAGACGAUGAAGGUGCGCUGACAAGGGAAUAUGUUGUGUCGCAGCCUGAAGAAUCCCCAACACCUCAAAGUGAAGCACAUGUAAGCGAAGAGGAGGCAAAACCAGAGGAAGAAUGUCAACAGCCUUCUGAUGAGAAGCCGCACGAGUUGACGGAAGAACCCGAAGCAGAGGCCGCUGCACCUGAACCGAUGGGAGAAGGAGAUGUGGUGGCGGAAGCGCAACCGGAACUUGCCGUUGAGGAACUUUCGGAAGGGGAUGUGGAGGCGAGAGAAGCGCCAGCACCACCGGAGGAGCCACAAGUAACCGCUGAGCCCGAGUCACCGCAGCAAUCAGCGGAACCGGAACCGGAAGCUGCGCCUCCCGCCCCCACUGAUGACGGUUCCGCUUCCGAAAGCUCCGAUGAUGGACUGGGAAGAUUUGCAGCUGAUCGUAUCGGUGCAUUUGCCUUAUCGGAUGAUAGCGACACUGACUAG